CGCCCUCGUUGUCGCUCGCACUCGGCGCUCCGAGGUCCGGGAGCUCGCGCAGGGUCGGGAUUGGUGCGGGGAGAGGAGCGCGCUCCGGAGAACGAAGAGGGGGGCACUCGGGAGCGCGCGCGGGCGGGCCGGUGGGCGGGCGGGCGGUCUCUCCGCUGAUCCGUUUACCUGAAGGAGGAGCAGCCUCCGCCGCCUCCGCCGCUCGGGCUGCCGGAGACAACAACGACGAGGACGAAGACGACGAGGACUACGAGGGUCUGAGAUCUGUCAAUUAGAGGAAGAAAUAGCUGAUCUAUCAAGAUGGGAUCUAUUGUUUGGGAGUGUGGUUAAUCAACUUGACUUUGUUAGUCAAGUGCAAUCCAUAUAAUAAAAUGAAAAGAAAAGACAAGAUGAUGUCAUUUACCUGUAUUGUGAAACCAAAAACAAAUGCCUUUUGUCAGAUGAGGUUAACAAAGCUCUGUCAAUGCAAAGAAUAUUUAACUGUUUGCAAAGCUUAACAGCAAGAAAUAAGGAAGUUUUUUUCAAGCAGAGACCUACAGGUGCAUGAUAUCUAAAAUUAUAUUUUAAUAGGCCUAUUUAUCUGAAUAUUAUUCAAUUCCAAGAAGAAUGGCUAUAAGUUGGAUAUUCUCCUAUCUUUGGUCCAUGACUAUGUUUGUGGGGUAUAUAAGUGGGCACAGUUUAUUUUCUUGUGAGCCUAUCACCUUGAGGAUGUGCCAAGACCUGCCUUAUAAUACUACCUUCAUGCCUAAUCUUCUGAAUCAUUAUGAUCAACAGACAGCAGCUUUAGCAAUGGAGCCAUUCCACCCUAUGGUGAAUCUGGAUUGUUCCCGAGAUUUCCGUCCAUUUCUUUGUGCACUGUAUGCACCAAUAUGCAUGGAAUAUGGACGUGUUACACUACCCUGUCGUAGGCUAUGUCAGCGAGCAUAUAGUGAGUGUUCCAAGCUCAUGGAAAUGUUUGGUGUUCCUUGGCCAGAAGAUAUGGAAUGUAGUAGGUUCCCAGACUGUGAUGAACCCUAUCCUCGCCUAGUAGAUCUGAAUUUAGCUGGAGAACCAACUGAAGGAGCCCCAGUGGCAGUUCAAAGAGACUAUGGUUUCUGGUGUCCCCGAGAAUUGAAAAUUGAUCCUGACCUGGGUUAUACUUUUCUUCAUGUGCGUGAUUGUUCACCUCCUUGUCCAAAUAUGUACUUUAGACGAGAAGAACUUUCAUUUGCUCGAUAUUUUAUAGGACUGAUUUCCAUCAUUUGCCUUUCUGCCACAUUGUUUACUUUUUUAACUUUUUUAAUUGAUGUUACAAGAUUCCGCUAUCCCGAAAGGCCUAUUAUAUUUUAUGCUGUCUGCUACAUGAUGGUGUCAUUGAUUUUCUUCAUUGGGUUUUUGCUUGAGGACCGAGUAGCCUGCAAUGCAUCUAUCCCUGCCCAGUACAAGGCUUCCACGGUGACACAAGGGUCUCAUAAUAAAGCCUGCACUAUGCUUUUCAUGGUGCUCUACUUCUUUACCAUGGCUGGCAGUGUCUGGUGGGUAAUACUUACCAUCACAUGGUUUUUGGCAGCCGUGCCAAAAUGGGGGAGUGAAGCUAUUGAGAAGAAAGCUUUACUUUUUCAUGCCAGUGCAUGGGGCAUUCCUGGAACUCUCACUAUCAUCCUUUUAGCUAUGAAUAAAAUUGAAGGUGACAAUAUCAGUGGCGUAUGUUUUGUUGGCCUGUACGAUGUUGAUGCAUUGAGGUAUUUUGUUCUGGCUCCCCUCUGCCUGUAUGUGGUAGUUGGAGUUUCUCUUCUAUUGGCUGGUAUCAUAUCCUUAAACAGAGUUCGCAUUGAGAUUCCAUUAGAAAAGGAAAAUCAAGACAAGUUGGUGAAGUUCAUGAUCCGGAUUGGUGUGUUCAGUAUUCUGUAUCUUGUACCACUCCUGGUUGUAAUCGGAUGCUAUUUUUAUGAGCAAGCGUACCGUGGCAUAUGGGAAACAACAUGGAUACAAGAACGCUGCAGAGAAUAUCAUAUUCCAUGUCCCUAUCAGGUAACUCAAAUGAGCCGACCAGACCUAAUUCUCUUUCUGAUGAAAUAUUUAAUGGCUCUCAUAGUUGGUAUUCCCUCCAUUUUUUGGGUUGGAAGCAAAAAGACAUGCUUUGAAUGGGCCAGCUUUUUUCAUGGACGCAGAAAAAAGGAGAUGGUAAAUGAGAGUCGCCAGGUACUCCAGGAACCUGAUUUUGCCCAGUCUCUUUUGAGGGAUCCCAAUACUCCUAUUAUUCGAAAAUCAAGAGGAACCUCCACCCAGGGAACAUCCACACACGCCUCUUCCACCCAGCUGGCUAUGGUGGAUGAUCAGAGGAGCAAAGCAGGGAGUGUCCACAGCAAAGUAAGCAGCUACCAUGGCAGUCUCCACAGGUCUCGUGAUGGCAGGUAUACUCCUUGCAGCUACAGAGGGAUGGAAGAGAGACUCCCUCAUGGCAGCAUGUCCCGCCUAACUGAUCACUCCAGACACAGCAGUUCUCACCGGCUCAAUGAGCAGUCACGGCAUAGCAGUGUCAGAGAUCUCACUAAUAACCCCAUGACUCACAUCACCCAUGGGACCAGCAUGAAUCGAGUUAUUGAAGAGGAUGGAACCAGCGCUUGAUUUGGUUUGUUCUGUAGGGUGAACUUGGGCUGUUGUGAAACUUGGAUUCCAUUUCUUUGCCAUUGCAUGACUGAUUAGAGUAACUCAGUAUUAUCAUGCUUCCAAUCAGGUGCUGAUUGUGUAUGUUGGGAAAGCAAAAGUGUCUCUUGCUUUUUAAAGUCAUGUUUUUACAUUGUAUCAGAAUUGAAAUAUUGGGUAGUUCAACACACUACAAAUAAGUUCUAGUCAAGUUUAUCGAUAACCAAUUAUUUGAUCUUUUUUCUCCAAAGACACACUAUGAAACAUCUUAUUUUACAUUUAGGAAAAUCUGAAUGAGUAAUAAUUACCAUUUAGUAACCAGAGUUGAUAUAAUAUUAAAGUAUCCAAGGGGGGAAAAAAGCAUUCUGUAUGUUGAAAGAAUUUUGCAUCAGAUAAAUAACUUUGUUUCCACUAAGUAAAGAAGGCUUUCAUAUUAAGAGCUAUACCUAGAAUUUCAGAAACUAUCCUGUGGAAAUACAAUAGAAGAACCUGACUAGUAUAUUAGAGCACAUUUAUAAAUUCUGUUUAAAAAAUAAUAACUCCAGAAAUUUCACACCAGGAUUAGCUAUGGAGGGAAAGAAAGUAAGGGAUUCCCCACCACUACCACACACACACACAAUUUUGUCAUUCUUAUUGGUAUCAAUUAUAACUUGUACUAAUUUUGUAGUUCUAGCUUAUUUGUAUAGCAGAGAAACUUCAGUUUGUAUGCAGCUGAUCACUUAAAGAUUUCUAAAGAAUAUACAUACUCAAAUCAUUUCCAUUGAGGUGUGUAACAGGAUAAGGUGAUAGAGUUUAUGAUGGCCAUAAUCUCAAAAUACAUUCCUUUUUUCAAUGGUGAAACACUUUUCUCUGAUGAGACUUUGCUUCUGCCCUGUUUUCUGGUCAAUAAAGAAGUUAAAGUGUUGAAGAAAAGAUAGGAUGCCUACAAAGCACCAGACCUGACUUUAGCAUCUAGACCCCUCUGUUUGUCUUCUGCAGACCACCUACACUUAUUUGACUUGCAUGAAGAGACUCUAGAGCCUUCACUGACACCCUUUUGUAUCAAGUUAAUUCAACAAACAUUUGUGAAGUGCCUAUUAUUUUCAUUCCAGGCAGUGUGUUAGGUACUGGACCUACAAGGACAAAAAUGAAAUCACCCAUCUACUCAAAUUUCCAUUCAUUAGUAAUUCUCAUUUCCAUCUAAAAUAUUUCGGAAAUUGCUGGAGUCCAAAGGUAUAUUUAGUUUUAGGUGUGUGGAAUAUAAAUAGAAGCUAAAUGAAAUACAGCUGUGCUUGUAAUAAAAUAUCUCUUCCUCCUCAGAAUAUUAAUUCAAAAAUGUUAGUGAUUCUUUGUUUUAUAAGUCAUUUCAGCAUUAGACUGUGAUCUUUUUUAGGCAUGGAAAAUUGGUCUGGAAUUAAUAAAAAAAAUUAGAUUGCAUCUACAUAGUAGGAACAUUCAAAUUUUCUUGUUCCUAUUGGUGAUCUGAUAUGAUAGCACCUAGUACAACCAAAAACAAGAGCUAAAUUUCAAGGUAUAUUUAUGUACAUUUUAUAGUAUUAUUUGCCUCUUUAAAACAUGUACCAUUAAGAACUUUUAAGGCAUGCAAAAGUGCCAUGAUGGCUUACUGACUAAAAUGUUUAUUUUACUGCUUCUUGCUGCCUCUUUUUUAAAACAGAAAGUAAUUCUUUAUAAGAUAAUGUGCUUAAUACUAUAUAUUGUGUGCUGCAAAAUAACAACUCCAUUUGUUCUGUUGUUUUUAUCUGACAAGUGAACAACUAAAUAUUUCUUUUUAAAGUAUAUAUAGAAACUAAUGCUUUAAAAUCAGUUAUGAAUAGUUUUAAUGUGAAUCCCUAACAUAGUUAUUUCAGUAAGAUAUUCAGAAAUUAAUGCAAGAGAUUCAAGACUAAUUGUAAGUCUAAAAAUCAUUAAAAUUAUUAUUUUAGAAAUAUACACAAUGAUGGCAUUAAUGAACACUUACGAAUUCAGACUUUCAUCCUGACCAUUCAGGGUCUUAUUUCAAAAAUUUUGAAGGAUUUAAAAUUUUAAAGUAUAGGAACUGUUUUAUAUUACAUCUAUAAAAUAAUGAAAAAUAUGUAAAUUGACUUGAAUGAAGUCUCUUUCUUGGAUCACUGAAAUUCAGCAGAUUUACUAAGCACUUACUAUGUACAAGGCAUUUGCUGUAUUACCAGUUUUAAUAAUGUGUUCCAAAUUCUUAUAAUGAAUUCAGAAAACAAAUCAGAAUAGUUCUCUAAAGUGAAUGAUUUGUUUUUUAUUUGGUCUCUUGAGUGACAUAUGAUAAUAUAGAUCAUUUAGAUGAAUACUGUCAAAUUUUCACUGGUAAUAUGAUUUUAUUUUCCUCUUUAAAAAACUAGAAUUGUUUUAUAAAAAUUCCAGUUGUCACUCAGAAAUAGAAAAGCUAAUUACAUUUGUACCUACCUCAUUAUUUGCUUUGCAGCAUAGCUGGAAAGCAAACAGUUUGAAUCAUCUUUUGAAUACGGGUCAAAUUCCAUUAUAGUGUAAUCCAAGGAGCUGUCUUGAUUUUUAAAAAAUAUAUAUAAUUUGCUGAAAUUUUGGAACUAUUUGGGGGAUGAGAAGGAGGUAUUCAGAUAUGUAAUUAUAAUGGGAUUUGACCUAUAUAAUGUGAUGACAGAGUACUGCUUGCACCUAGUCAUGUUGAGAUGACAGAAUCUUAAGGGUCUAGGGAACAAAGAUGUUAAUUUCAAAAGCUUUCCCCUCACUCCACUUAUUUAAAAAAAAAAAAACAAAAACAAUAAUUUGACCAAUAUUUCUGUAGUAUGACCUAUAAACCAAUACUUUCACUUUUCAAAUUAAAAAUUCCUUCAGGAACCAUUGUAUUCUUAAAAUUGAUUUAGUCUUUAGAUUAUGUUCAUGUGCCAAGCUAGAUUUUCCUCUCCAGAAAAAAAGCAAUUAAGUGAAAUAACUUUGAACAUUAAUUUUGGGAUCUUUACUACAUUAUUCAUUCACUGUGUCAUUGUAUAAUGACAGUACAAGUGAAUUUAUGAUAUAAAGGGGAGAGUAGACCCUAUAAUUUCUGUGGACUGAUGUAUUCAAAGAUUAGUCUCUUCCUAAUUUUUGGAAAAGUAUUUACUAAAAGCUUUUGUGGCUUUCAUCAUGGCAGACUUGCAUUUCAGGUUUUCAUUCUGUAGAAAAUGUUUGUGUGUAUGUAUAUGUAUAUAUAUGUGUGUACAUUUUUUUUUAAAAAUUAUGUAAAAUAAGGAUUUUAUUCCCCUUUUCCCUUCAUCCCAACAAAACAAAGGAUAGCAUUUUGUACAAUAUAGAUUUACAAAAAGAAUCAUGAUUUCUCUAAUGCAUUUUUACAGCUGAUUGAAAAAAGGAAGUGUUUACAUUUAACUUGGCUACAUUUAUUGGUAGCUUUAAAGUUUUUAUACAUAAUUUAUGCAUUACGUUUUAAUCUAUUUUUAUGACAAAAACCUAAUUUAACAUUUCUCACCAUCUUAUAUCAGUCAGGUGAACUUUAGAUUUGGGAAAGAAGUAUAAAAAAUAAGCAUACAGGGUUUUUCUAUUCAUCUGGCUGUGAUUCAAAUUUCAGAACUCAUGAUCUUUCUAAUUUUAAUUCUAAUCCUCAUAACUUUAAUUAAAGAAACAUUAUUAUGAUUUUUCUUUCAAGAAAAAAAAUAUAUUGUCCUCUAGGAAGGAAAUUAUUGAACACCUAUUAAAAGGCAAUUAUCUACAUUAAAGCUUCCAUCCAAUAAUUCUUUAAAAUAUCUGAGUAAAAUGAAUAAUUACAUUUAAUUAAGCAAUUUGUUAUGAACAUGCUAAUUUUCUUAUUUCAUUGUCCUACAGAGAAUACAGAUGGAAAAGUUUCCUUUAGUCUAUGCUUUUCUCAUUAGACAUUGCUUAUAAAGCAUCUGGCCAAAAUUCUGUAUGACAUUUAUUUAAAUGUAUAACAUCUCCAAUGUUAUAUCUAAUACCCCGAGAAUUUUUUUUAAUAAUAGUAUGCCAAAUCCAGUAAAUGGAAUUAUAUCUUCCUUGAGACAUUCAUUUUUCAAAAUACAUAUAUUUGUUUUGCAUGAUAAUCUUAUUUCAUAUAUGAAUCUCUCCAUUUUUAUUCUUUAUUUCAUGUGAUACCAGUCAAAUUUGUCUUUUAUUAUGAAACAUCAGUUUUCUACUUCUUUUUUUUUACAAAUUACAGUUAGUAAAAAAAUACUUUAAAAAUUGUAUUCAUUCUUUUCAUUUUGUAGUUCACCAUUUUAUUUUUAGAAUUAAGCAUAUCACCAUUUCUUCUUAUAUCCUAUGAUCCAGUUAAUUUGUGUAUAUUAAUUUUCCAAAUAUUUGCUUCACUGAUGUUUUCCUGUGUUAUCAAACUUUAUUGCUUCACAAUUGCUCCCGCUUAAUAAAAUGAAACAUUUUUAUUUUAACCUUCCUAGUGCUAGAAGUAUGUUCAGUAGGAAAGGCAAUGGACAGCAAGUUAAAAGAUCAUAGAAGUUCUACUUUUCACUUAAUAAAUGUAAGACUUGGACUAGAUAAUCUCUAAACUCCCUUCCAAUUCCAAAAUUCUGUAAUUCUGAAAUCAAUUUUGAAUUUCUAUUUGUUUUUUUCAGGAUUACAUUAUGUUAUAUACCUCUCUUCUCCCUUCAAAAUAGUUUUUUAAAAAUAAUUUUUAAAAGAUGAAAAUAUUAGAAAAGUUUAAAAAAACUUUAGAUUAUCUUUUGGAGUAAAAGAUUCCUUUCUCUAAUGUAAAAAUACUAUUUUUGCCUUUGUAGCCAAAUUGAUUUUUUAAAAGAAUGCAUUUUUCUUAAGAUUUACUUUUUUUUUGUUUGAAAUAUUGUUUUAAAUACAGGUGCAAAAUUUUUAUAAAUUUUAUAAAUCAUAUAAAAUAAUAAAAAAUAAAUUGGAUAACCCUAGAAAACAGAAAUGAAUUUAACUUCCUAAAUAUUUUCAGCCAUUUAAUUGAAAAUUGAAAGAUGUCAAGAUUGCCACAAUAACAAAUGUCAAAGUAAUCAGUCAGUAAUCAAUAGCCCUAUUCUGUUUCACAGAAUUAAAUUCAUCAGUCUCAAGAGUCAGAAUUGUCAUAUGUUUGUCAAUUGGCCUGAAUUAGUGUAUAUACUUGAUGCCAGGUUGUCCAUAUGGCUAAUUAAAAAUUUUUCAUCAACAUUGAAUACAAAGGAAAGGAUAGCAAGUUUAAGUCUGUGUAGUUGGUCUCUGUUAUAAUUAUUAUUAUAAUUAUAAUUAAAAAUUUAAGAUACUCUUCACAAAAAUCACUAUUGUCAUAUUGACAAAGAAAAAGGAAAUUACAUGAAAUUCACUGUUUCCUGAUUUGUUCUUAUAAUAUGUAGUAGAUUUUCCUUCCAUGCAUGCCAAUUUUGAAAGGGAGUAAAUGUUUUUGCUUCACAUACUCCUUUCCAUUAGACUAUAAUUAUCAGUAUGAGCAGAUAAUUGGUUUGAAAUAACUUCUGUAUUUUGAGACCAGACCAUAAUAGUAGCCAUUUUAGUAUGCUUAUGUGCUGAAACAAAUACUUGAAAAUAAUUUUUUUCCUUUUUUUCUAUAAGAAUGAAAAUAAUUUUCAAAAAUUCUGUAAGAAAUUGAUUUGAAAGUAUUAUUAUGAAAUUUCUCUUUUUGCUAGGUGCUAUUCACCUGAGCUAGAAAAUAUAAGAAAAACACUUUUACUCUUUCACUGCCUUUAUAUUCUUUUUGACAGUCCAAUAAUUUAUUUUCAUAUAAAAUCAUUUCCAGAAAGUUUUCAUUUAAAUUAUGGGAAACAACAUAUGUUUGUUUUUGUCUUCAAACUUUAAAAUUUAUUUCUUAAAUAGCUUUGCAUAUGUAAAAGAAUGUCUUAAGUUUUAGAAAUUUACUUUGGAACUUUAGAGUUUGCUGUUUGCAAUUGCCCUUCAAAGAAAAUGACCCCGUGGCAUUCUAAAGUUGUCAGAUUGCCUUACCCUUGGAUUUUGAAGAUAAGAGUUGUAAUCAGUGGCUUUGGGAGAAAUUUUGUAUUAAUAUGUGUACAUAUAAUUAUUAAUGGCUACUAGAAAUUCAGCAUUCCUAAAACCCAAGGCUUCCACUGUUCUAUUGUUCUGAUUCUUUUUUUUCUCUAAAUAAUGGAUUAUUUUCUGGACCAGGUUUUAUACAUGUAGUGAGAAAGAAAUCAACAAUAGAAAAGAAACCCUUAGUUUAAAACACAUACACACAGAAAAAUACACAUGCUUGUGCAUGUGCGCACAUACACACACGCGCACGCGCACACACACACACACACACACCUCUUACAGAAACAAAUGAAUCAAGAAGCUUCUUGGUGUAGCAUUAAAAGCUACUCUGGAUUUAUAAUCUAGGGAUCUGCUAUAUAUCAUGCAUAUUGGCUUGGGAAAGUCCCUUCAGUUGCCUUCACUUUAAUUUCCAAAGUCCUAAAAUGUAUCAACAUUUAUUUAUGCUCAUUCCUCUCCACUCACAGUUCUUCAAAGCUCUUCCAGAGGUUGUGCUCUGGCACAGGAGCUGUAGGUCUCCACAAUACCCUCCAGGAAGGCAAAGACGCUCCCUUCUUUAUUGAUAAGAUAGUUUUAAAAAUCAUUCAAUUAUCCACACUGGCAGAACUUCUAACAAACAUAUUUAAAAUAACAGUAGAUAAUGAUUAAAAAAAAAAAAAAGCUGGCUACACAAAACAGGGGAAAGAAACACUAGGGAUCAGGAAAUAGUCCAGACUCUUAUUAUUCCUGGUGUGCCGUUGAUCAAGUGAUUUCAUCUCUCUGAGGUUCAGUUUCCUUAUUAGGAAAAUGGGAGGUUUGAGUAGAUCUCAACAACCUCAUAUGGGGUCUUAUAACUGAAUGUGGGGUCAUGAAAUUAUGUUAUCAAUAAAUGUUUGAUUUGUAUACCUAUUUUCAAUAUUUAUGACCCUAGGGUGUUGUAAAAAUUUCUCAGGCAAAAAGGGUUCACAAGUGGAAAAAAAAAAUUUAAGAAAUACUGGCAUAGAUGAUCUUUAAGAGCUCUUCCACCCUCUAAUUUCUAUAAUCAUAAGUUCUUCACAAAGUCCAUGUAUAGUUUUUAAGCUUUCCGUUUUAAAAACUCGAAUAACUGAGGUGGUAGGCAUAAUAGAAAAUACUGUAUAAAAGGCAAAAUGAAUUUCCUUCUUAAAACUGAUAGGGAUGUCAGUUCAUCAAGCCUUAGGAUAUGAUUAUGUCUAAAGUAGGUACCAUUUAAAUCAUAGAAUCAUUUUAAAUAAGACUAUUGUUUACAUUUGUGUGAUGUGGUUGUUUUAAACUUUAACAAAUUUGCCUUUAACUCCUAUUUACAGAUUGCCUCUCAUGCUGAAAACCUAAAUUAUUGGUUUUCACAAUGUGUAGGGACUUUAUGAAGGACCCACUCAUGUAUUUCGGGUGUGUAGUAUUUUUCGUCCUCAGUUCAGGACUUGAAUGUUAACCUCUGAACCUUUCUACUCAGAUCAUUCUAAAUUUUAUGCAGUUCCUGUUGUUCUCCUUCUAAAUGUCACACAGUUUUCUGUUUGUACCCUAUGGCUCAGGCCAUUUUCCACAUCUGUUAAUUUCUUUGACGUGUAUAAGCCAGCGCUGCUGCUACUCAAGUAAAUAAUCUGACCCUCACCCCUUACCCCCUGCCUUUCACUAAAAUUACAAGGAGCAUUACCAGCUCUUUCCAUUCAGGAAUGUGGUAUAAGAAUGGAGACUUCUUUGUUGGUACUCUAUGAAAUAAGUACUUUUACAGAGAAUUUUAUACGAUUUUUCAAAUUCUACAUUGAAUUGUUUCUGCAAAUAUUCUAGAAUGGUCAAACUACAGUGUUUUUCAACCACUUUUAAAAGAUAAACUUCUAGUUAGAAACAGGUUUUUAUGUAAAGAUUCUUCAUUUGAUGGCAUUAUUCCUAUGUAUUUCCUUUGAUAUGUUCAUUAAAAUUAUACUUAUAGGUUUGAUCAUCCAUUUCUAAAUGAGAAGAAAAGUUAGUGUUCAUAAGAUCUGUAUGAAGCAAGUGCACAUGAUUAGAGCAUGGCAUUGUGUUUAACAUUAGCUGGUUGUAUUUGCACUCUGCUCUUGUAGAUUCACUCUGUUUACAGUAGACCAGUGUCAGUUUUUGUAAGUGUUUUGUUUUUAGCACUUUAACUGUGAGUGUACAAACUGAUUUUAAAAUGUAGUAGUUGUAUAUUUUGAUUAUAGAUGAUUUGAAAUUUUUAAUAAAAUUAAACUGUAUAACUUGUUCUCCA